AUGGCGGCCAUGUCUGUCGAAAGCCGCUACACGCGGACCGCUUGCUUCCCCUGCCGCCACAGCAAGAGACGCUGCGACAAAUCUCUACCAGCAUGCCAGCUAUGUAUCCGCAAGGGAGUAGAAUGCAGCUAUCCAACACGCCGAGCCCAGAAAUACGUUGUGCUACCACAAUCGAGCGAGACACCUCAAACCAUUGCGCCGGCGAGAGACGACUCAAUAACAAGCAGGGUUACCCGCAGCAGUGAGUCGGUUUCACUGGAUCGAGAGUUAUCCUUGGAAGCUUCUCAUGCUACGGCGGGCAUAGCCCAGUCAUUUGCUACGGCCACAGCUAUUCAAUUCAUUGCACCUGGGAUUUUCCGCGACGCACACUUAGAGAUUCCACGUGUUAAUAUUGGCAUCCCUAAGGAUGUUGCUGCUCAGGUCGGAGACUUUGGACAGAUUCGUGAUACUUAUACCACGUUUUCUUCUCAAGCUGUCAUAUGGACGCCAGUGAUCUUCCGAAAGAACUUUUUCAACAUUGCACUCAACCCACUAUCUCCACGGCGGACUGAAGGCAUCCUAAUGUGCUUAUGUAUGAAACUGUACUGCACACCCGCGCCUUCAUACGAGGACGAUGGGAAAAGGACGCUCUACAAGAUGGUUAAAGAAUUCUACGCUAAAGUAGAAGCCACUGGAACCAUGUCUAUUUGUAUUUUGCAGUCGGCUCUGCUGAUUGCCGUCUAUGAGAUUGGGAAUGCAAUUUACCCGGCUGCAUAUAUGACCGUUGGAAGUUGUGCUAGGUACGGUGUUGCUCUGGGCUUGGAUAAGUUGAUGGUAAAUUUGACUGGAGAAGGGAACUUGGGCAAGCCUUGGAUGGAAAUAGAAGAAAUGAGGAGAGUCUGGUGGGGAGUACUCAUAUUAGAUCGAUUUCUAAAUCUCGGAAACCCUUCAAGAUGCCUAACAACGAAAGAUCCAGCGUACGAUGAUUAUCUCCCGGUGGAUGAUCAAAAUUUUUUGGGUGCCACAGCAAGGCCCCAAGACAACAUUAAAAUAUCUGCUGCAUUUAGUCUCAAGAUGGGCCCAUUCGCCAGAUUAGCCCAAGCCACGUAUUUGGUCAACCAGGCUCUCAAUCUUCUCUCUUCUCUUUCUACGCAGGAUGAGGGAGUUGAAUCGGUCAAUGUGGGCAAGGAAAGUGCACAGCUACGCCGUACAAUUGAGGCACUAGUAUCAGUAACCAAGACGGAAUUUGAAUUUCGCGAUUUGGUAACUUGCUGUCAAGCUGCAGUUUCGUAUUGUGCCAUAUUGCUGCUCCAAGAGUACCACUGGCGACGAGUGCGUAUCAGCUCAACCGAAGAAGCAUACACUCAUAUGUUUCCAGAGUCGCGACGUGUCCUGGAGAUGUUGACGCAAAUGGCAUUUUGUAUGCGCAAGGAUGCAGAAGAGGGAAGAAGCUUGGAUGAGGAGUACCCAGUGUUUCUCAUCCAAGUGCUCUAUCAAGCAGCACUGGCGACCAUCGAAAUGGGUCAGGGGACCCCAAAUGAACAACUCGAAGAAAGACUUGGAACAUUAAAGUGGCUUCUUCAGCACAUCCAGCCGAGGUGGCGGGUAGCGGGUGUGUAUUUAUCCAUUUUGCAGUCUAAAGAGGCAAUGCUUGCUGCCGCUAUUUAGUGGCAUCUGAAUGAAUGAACCUGUUAUAAUAGUGGAAUUCUAGUAGCGGAAAUGGAUGAUUUUUCUCCUUAGCUUUAAGUAGACCGCCGGAUGACUGACCAUAAAACUGAGGUGAGGAAGCGUAUAGUCUAAUAAACACGCAGAGUAUC